CCUGUUCUGUUUCUGUACUCAUUUUCUCACUCCUUUCCCUUUUCGUCUUUUCUCUCUUCUGUACCAUCUCUUCUCUUCUCUGUGACAAGUCACUUCAUUUCUAUACCCUUCACCUUCACAUCCAUUUCUUGCUUUCUUCCAUCAAACACACUAUUCAUAUGCCUCAACAGCAGCAACAAGGGUGGCCAUUGGGGCUGAGGUUAUUGAAUCCAAAUAUAGGGUUAGUGAGGAGUCAUGAUAAUGCAGAUUUCUCAGGCUCUGCCUCCUUCACCACUCUCCUCACUCCUUCUCUUUCCUCUGCUUCCAGGGAUUCUUCUUCAGAUCUUGAUACCCAGUCCACUGGAUCAUUCUUCCAUGGCAAGAGCAGUAAUAACACACUUGGGAGCCUCAUUGGUAUUUCAAGCAUCUUUGAACUCUCAAGAAGAUCCACAAGGGGAAGAAUGGUGGAACCCUUGAGGGACAACAACAAGAAGAGCCACAAGCUGAAGCCAUGGUUGUUCUCACUCUGUUCGAGGCUAACCACCGAUGCCGUCGCCAUGAACGGCGACAAUGUUCCCUCUCUUGGUCACUACCUUCAACAAGAGAGGAGGGCUGCAAAUGCGGGCACUUGGAGAAACAGAACAUUCUCUUACCCUUAUGGGGUUAAUGACUUCUCUCCAGUUAGAGACUCAAACUCGUUGUUUCUUGGGGAUCAAGUUGCUGCUCCUGAGUGUGCUGCAAUGGAGGGAGAAGAGGGUGGGAGAGAGCCAGACAGAGCAUUACUGGGACAAAGUAAUGGAUAUGGAGGACUGGUAGUUUUCCCUUGUUUGUGUGGAUGAGUCCAAUUAAGUGAUAGCUUUUUUUCUUAUUGGUGGCUCGUUGAUUUCAAGUUUCUUUCAUUCCCACUUCCCAGGUCUGGAGUUUUUCAGUUGUUUUGGAAGAAUCUCUUGUAUCUUUUGGCAUCUUCUGUUUACUAGUCACAUAAUUACGUGAACUAGUGUCCACUUCAACCAGGAGGAUGUUGAUAUGAAAGACUUGAAUUAGUGAGAGGU